AGUAACCAGCGUGUGGAUCUGUACUCGUGGAGGGACGGCUGUGGAGAAGUUCACACCUCCCUGCAGGGACACACCAGAGUCAUCAGUGAUCUGGACUGGUCCUGGUUUGAACCGGAGUUCCUGGUCACCAGCUCAGUGGACACAUACAUCUACAUCUGGGACACCAGAGACACCCGUAAACCGACGGUGGCGCUGUCCGCUGUCGCCGGGGCAUCUCAGGUGAAGUGGAACAAGAAGAACCAGUACCUGCUGGCGUCCAGUCAUGACGGGGACGUGCGGAUCUGGGAUAAAAGAAAGCCGAACACGGCGGCAGAGUACGUGGCGGCUCACCUGUCGAAGAUCCACGGCCUCGACUGGCAUCCAGACAACGAGUUCAUCCUCGCCACGUCAAGCCAGGACAACUCAGUGAGGUUUUGGGAUUACCGACAGCCCAGGAAGUACCUGAACAUCCUGUCCUGUCAGGUGCCAGUGUGGAAGGCCAGGUACACGCCGUUCUCUAACGGUCUGGUCACAGUGAUGGUUCCUCAGCUGAGGAGGGAGAACAGUCUCUUACUGUGGAGCACGCUCGACCUCAACAGUCCCGUCCACGCCUUCGUCGGACACGAUGACGUAGUGCUCGAGUUUCAGUGGAGGCCGCAGAAAGAAGGCUCUAAGGACUACCAGCUGGUCACAUGGUCCAGAGACCAGACUCUGAGGAUUUGGAGGGUGGAUCCUCAGCUACAGAAGCUGUGUGUCAGUGACGCGGUGGAGGACCUGAUGGAGGGGAUGUCUCUCACCGUGGAGUCGGAGAAGUCUCUGUCGUCUCAGGAGCCCGACAGUCAGCACGGCGUCGGUCCGGCUGCAGGAAACCUGCAGGACCAGGACUCUGGAGGUCGUCAGGACUCGGCGGUGGGUUCGGGUCUCCCUCAGACUCUGCAGCAGGAGUUCUCUCUGGUCAACCUACAGAUCAGAAACGUCAACGUGGAGAUGGACGCGGUGAACCGCAGCUGCGUGGUGUCGGCUCACUUCGGCAGCCAUCAGGUUCACCUGGUGGUGAAGUUUCCCGCCCAGUAUCCCAACAACGCCGCGCCCACCUUCCAGUUCGUCUCCCCGACGACCAUCCCCUCCGCCAUGAAGACCAAGAUCCAGAAGAUUCUGACCGACACGUCUCUUCAGAAGGUGAAGAGGAACCAGAACUGUCUGGAGCCGUGUGUCCGGCAGCUGGUUUCCUGUCUGGAGUCCGACAUGACGCAGGAGGACGGUCCGCCCUCCGGUCCCUUCGUCCUGUCCAACCCCGUCACUCCGGCCCUGCAGGCGUUUCCUCGAGUCACCAACACGUACGGCUCCUACCAGGACGCCAACAUCCCGUUCCCUCGGACCUCCGGAGCCCGUUUCUGUGGCACCGGCUGUCUGGUUUACUUCACCCGACCAAUCACCAUGCACCGCUCUGCCCCGCCCACCGAGCCCACUCCCAGGUCGCUGUCCGCUCUGUCGGCCUAUCACAGCGGAGUGCUGACUCCGAUGAAGAUGCGUUCAGAGUCUCAGAGCACUCUGCGGUUGUACAGCGGCAGCCCGACUCGCUCCGACAAAGACACUGUCUCCAUCUCGUCCUUUUACUACAAAGAGAGG